UGAUAUUUUCUACUCUUGAGCUUUGACUCUACUGUACAUACUUCAUGUCCCUUCCCACCUAUUUUUAGGGUUGGCCCUCGCAACAAUGUCAUGCGUAACUCGACGCCAUCUGUUAAGUCAGAGCUCGUUGAAUGUCACUUGACAGGCCGAGGCAUCGCAAUCACCUUCCUGUCCACACACUCCGGCCCAGCACGAUCAUGGAGUUGGAGGGACAAGCAAGACUGUCUCGGGCCUUUCGCCUCCUUGUGCCGGGCCCAGACAUGGAUGAGGAUGAGAGCGAGGUGGUGAUCAGCAUCAGGCCCAAAUCUUCUCCCCUGCCACGGAGAAGAAACUCUGUCUCUGACGAGGAGUCUGAGUCAGAGCUACUUCCUUGUGGUUCCAGGAGAGUGUCCUUUGCAGACGCCAAGGGUCUAAGUUUGGUGCAAGUCAAGGAGUUUGAUUUGUGGGACGUGCCCAAGUUGCCAGGAAUGGAGUCCCAGGAGGGCGACGGAAUAUCUACAGAGGAAUACUCCCUGUCUCCUCUGACUUUCCAAUCGCCGUUGUCUCCUGAGGAUCUGCUGGUUAGGGUCCAGGAGCAGAAAAUAGAAUUGGACUCCCUGGAGUUGAUCCCAGGAACGACCACGCUGAAAGGGCUGAUCUGUGUCCUCAACAUCUCCUUCCAUAAAGCCGUCUAUGUGCGCACCACUUUGGACUGCUGGGCCAGCCACUUUGACCUUCUGACUGAGUACAUCCCCACUUCCGGCAACGCUCACACGGACCACUUCUCCUUUAAACUCACCUUAGUGCCGCCCUUCCAGGAGCAGGGAUCCCGUGUUGACUUUUGUCUGCGGUAUGAGACGCCCAUGGGAACGUUCUGGGCCAACAAUAACAACAGAAACUAUGUGCUGGUCUGUCACCAAAGAAUGAAAGACCAGAAGGAGAACCCCCAGAAGCAGAAUAGGCAAAAGAAAAGCUGUCUGAAGAUCGUGAGUCAAAACGUUGUGGAAGACACUAAGGAAACGCCAUCCCAAAGAAAUCAGUCAGCAGAUGUGUUAACAACUGGAGAAAAAGUCAACAAUGAGCAAUCCAUUCCACCUCCUGAUCAGUCAGGAGAAGAUGGGGACAAUUUGCAGGCUGAGUAUAGGCGAAACUGCAGCCAAAGAAAGGCGGCCCGGAUGGGUCGGGUGAGGGACUACUUUUCUCAAAGAGACGGCAUAGUAGAUGAGGAAGGCGACACACCACGUUCAGAAGACAAAGAAGAAAUCCCAGUGGGGGAUCAGGCAGAUGGGCAAUUUUUGUCCGAAGAGAAAUGGAAACGUGAAGGCUCUCAUGGUAUUAUGGAAAAAAUAAUCAGUGAAACGCCAACUCAACAAGACGAGACACAGGCACAUAUUGAACCACAGACAGCUGAGGACAUCCGUUUCGGUUCAUUAAUAGGAGGUGACGCUAGCACAGACAUGUCAAAUGAUGAGCCUCCUCCCACUGAACAUUGCAACACGUUUGUCUCAGAGGCUAAAGACACGAGUGAGAGCUGCCUGAAUCAAAGCAACGGCUUCACUUUUGAAAUUCUGGUGACUCCUCUGUACCGUCAGAUGCUUGGCAGGAAUGAAGAUUGGACAUGUCCACAAGAGACUGUGGGAGAAAACGGUUCAACUGGCCAUGAAGUUCAAGAAAAUUUGAUCAGGAACAAAAAUGAUGUCCCACAUCUGUCAACUUUUCAGAAUCUGUUUAGUGAAGACCGAGCUCACCAGGCCAGUUUGGAGCAUGCAGACUGGUACGAUACAGAAGACGCUUCGAUGGAAUCAGCAGAGAACCAUGAACAACUUCAGAAAAUGGAUUUACCAUCACGACUCUCACAACCAAUUCAGAAUCUGUUUAGCGUAGAUGACCAGACCAGUUUGGAGUGUGCAGACUGGUCCUGUACAGAAGAUUCUGAUGCACAAUCAGUGGAAAAUACACCGAACCAUGAGCAAAUUUUGGAAAAUGUGAUCACCAACUCAACUAAAGAGUGCUUUGAUGCCAGUUUGAAUGUUCCUCUUUCUGAAGAUGACAUUUGGAAAUCAGACGGCUCACAAACCAUUCAGGUACCAACAUGUUUGCCAAUUCAUAAACCUUCAGGUAAAACCAAAUAUGAUGUCGCACUUUUGUCACCUUUUCAGAGUCAAACAGAGCCUGUUAGCGACAGUGUAGAUCACCUGGCCAGUUUGGAGACGGCAGACUGGUCAGAUACAGAAGAUGCUGUAAUGAAAUCAAAAAACAACACACAGAACCAUGAACAACUUGAGAAAAAUUUGAUCAAGAAUUCAACGGAAGAGUGCUUUGACGCCAAUUUGAAAGCUCCUCUUCCCGAGGACGACGUUUGGAAUGGUGCUGAUGAUGCUAUUGAAAGUAAAUUAUCAGAUCAAACAAAUAUAAACAUAACAGAGAGGCACACAGAUACGGAUUUACUAUCAGAGGACUCACAUUGUCCGAGCUUUGAACCAGACACCAUUCAGGUGCCAACAUGUCCGCCAAUACAUGAGUCUGUAGGUGGAACCAAAAAUGAUGUCCCUCUUCUGUCAGCUUUUCAGACUCAAUCAGAGCCUGUUAGCGAUGACGUAGAUCACCGGGCCCGUUUGGAUCUUGCAGAUGAGUCAAAUCAAGAAGAUUCUGUGGCAGAAUCAAGUAUUUCCCCUUUAGAAGCUUUAAACCAUCCCGAAGUUUCCAGUUACACAGCCACUAACAGACCGGAGACGGAAGUGUCUGUCAGAUCGCCUCGGACUUUUCUUGGAACUCAGGCGGAAACGUGUUGCAUUGGCACAGGGCACCGUUUAGAUGAGGAUGAACAUGACCUGAUGACAAAAGUGUUGAUGUGCAACGAUCACUCACAAGAAGUCCAUCAGGAGCCUUUUAGCAAUCCAGAGGUAGAUGUGGUACGAAACUGGGAGACUGUGGUGGAGGAAGAGGAAGUUAACAUAUUAGAGGAGGGGAUCCAGAACUGUCCAGGAGAAGAGAAACCUGAUGACCUAAAGGAAGAAAUUCAGGAGAAAUUCACAUCUCCAGAGGUGGAAGAGCCUGAAAAUGUCUUUCCGUGCCAGAACAAGACAAUAAAGGGAGAAAAAGAACAUGAGAUGAUUUUUGAAGAUCGUGAAGCUGAAGAACACUUUGUGGAGAUGCAGGAAGUCAAAUUGGGGGUGGAGAUGUGGGAGGAGGAGGUCAUUGAUAAAGAUAGGGUGGAUGCAGAAUUGAAAGAUCAGGAGCGAGUUGUAGAUCUAGGGAAUAAAGAGCAGGAAAUUUCAGUUGAUGAGGCAGAAGGCAUAGAAGACAUCAGGUGGUCAGAAUUAAAUCAAAGCAAGCUUGAGGAUGCUGGCUUGAGUCAUCUGGGUGAGGGUGAUGAAUCUGUAGAAGAUACCACUGAACAGAAUCCAGAUGACAAGGUUCUCCAUGAUGAAGAAGACAAGACUGUGACUCGUGAGGAGAGUGACGACGGGCUAUGCAACUUCACAGAGGAAGCCGAGAGCGACAACGCCUCAGCAGAGUCCGACUCGGACGACGAGGUGGAGCUCUACAUGCACUGCCUGCGUGCGGUCCAUACCAAAGACCAGAGCACUGAGACGGGUUUCAGCCUGAGCAAGAGACCCUCUCUGAGCAGGAGCAAACCGCUCUCCUCGCUCAUGCCGUCCAUCAGUGAGUCAGUGGAUGAGGAACAUGUCGGCUCCCUUCAGGAUGGUCGUGAAGACACGCAAGCGGACGACACAGCUCAGUCGCAGCCGAGUGGACCUAAAAGCACCGGCGGAAACGUGGCAAGGUGGCGAGAGACCUGUUCCUGCAGCUCUAUCUCCAAAACGUUGUUGUAUGCCACCUUGUUAGCGAUGUUUGUUGUCAUGGCCUAUUAUUAUGAUUUUCUUGCCUGUUUUGGCCUCUACUUGAUUUCUGUGGUGUGGCUCUUUUGUCAAGGAGAGAAACAGCCAAUUAAAGACAACUCAAUAGGCUAAAUUCCAUUUGAAAAAUAUAUUACAGUUCUUUGAUAUUCCCAUGUAACAUUCACAACUGUAUUGUUUGUGACAAAAAAAACACGCUCUUUUUAUGCUGUACUGUAUCUUCCAGACCUCGCCCGCAAUAAGUAAAAUCCGAGAUAUAGAAAUUCCCUAUUUAAAUACAUCUUAAACAUGUUUUUAUAGGAUUUAUGACACUUUAAAACAAUACAAACGUUUAAACACGUUGAGAGAGAUCAAGAGCAAUGCAUAACACAAAGAUAUUGUACAAACACUAUGGAAUAAGAGUUAACAACUAACACUGACAAAAAAAAAAAUGUGCGAUAUAGCAGGACCCGAAAGCGUGAACCGUGAUAUAGUGAGGGAUUACUGUAUUAGACUUUUUUUAUAUACUCAUGCCCAAGAAAGAAUCCUAUUGACUUUUGAACUAUAUCCUAAACAAUAAACUUGAUGUAACACAUUUCAACCCGUUAGCUGAAUUAGUGGCUUCUGCCUAAACAGAUGGCGUGCUUCAAUUUAUCUGGCUUCAGUGCAUUGUCCACUUGAAUAAAUAAAAUGCCAUACCCUUAUUAAUGCCUCCUUGCGAGAAAAAUAAAAUAAAAUGAAAAUUACCUGCCGGAUACCACCAAGUUGCUUACCACAACACACUGCCUUCACCCCAGACCUGGCAUCUGUAAACGUUUACGGUGGAAGAGAAAAGUCCUUUAUUUAGCAGGAGUGUAAUUGUUGUAAAAAUGAAGCUCUACACAAUUAACACCUUACCCAUAACUAUGAGGAAAUACAAUAUAAGCCAAUAUCUGUACACUUUCUCGCAGAUGACUUGUAUUCUACACACAGGCACAUCCUUUAUAAAAUCUAAAUGAAAGCUCACUGUUGUGCGCUGUGCAUGAAUUGACACUUGUAUGAUCAGAUGUGUUGUACAGGCUGUUUGCAAAACAUUGUGCAAUUAUACUUUUAAUUGACACCUGUAUGAUCAGAUGUGUUGUACGGGCUGUUUGGAAAACAUUGUGCAAUUAUAUUUUUACCAACGCAUAUUUCAUUAUAUAAUACAGGAGGUACUACAUACAGUAUGUAUGCUAUAUUGAAACAUGUCUAUUAAUAAAAAUGUAAGUGCACAUUGUCUUAGCAACUUAUUAAGUGGGCCUUAAGUCUCCAUUAUUUGUUCACAUUUUCUACACUUUUGAAAUGUUCACCCAAAAAACCGCAUAACUGCCUCGUGAUCUGACAUCAUACAGUAAUAAAGUAAAUGUCUCCACUGUUA